AUGGCAAAGAAGGAGAACAAUCGCGCUGAUCAUGAGCAGCUCCUACAAGCUGAAGCUCAAACAUGGGACUGCAUUUUGAGUUUCGUGCGUCCUUAUUGUAUAACAUGUGCAGUUGAACUAGGAAUUCCUGAUAUUCUUCACAAAAAUGGCAUUAUGACAAUUUCUGACCUUGUUGCGUCUCUACCUAAUCUGAACCCUUCUAAAAUUUCCUUUCUCCCCAUUUUAAUGCGAAUUUUAGUUCAUUCUGGCCUUCUUCAUUACCAAAAAGAAGUAGAUGGCUAUUCAGUCACAAGUGCUGGCUCUCUUCUCGUAGAAAAUGAACCUUUUAGCAAGAGGUCAAAUUUCCUUUUUAGCCAAAAUCCUAUUGCGUUAAAGCCAUUUUUUUCCUUGAGCCAUUGGUUACAAGAUGAUCUUCCCACUGCCUUUGACACAACGUACGGGAAAUCCAUGUGGGAUUAUUGCGCUGAAGAGCCAAAAUUUGGUCAUAUUUUUAACGAUGCAAUGGCUAGUGAUUCUAAAUUGAUAUCCCAUUUAUUGAUUAAUUCUGAGCAGUGUAAGCAUGUUUUUGAGGGUUUAACGUCGUUGGUAGAUGUUGGAGGUGGCACUGGAACUGUGGCUAUGGCUAUAGCUAAUGCUUUUCCAAGAUUGAAUUGCAUUGUGCUUGAUCUCCCUCAUGUCAUUGGUGACCGAAAGGGAAUAACGACUGGGAACUUGGAGUUUGUUGCUGGGAGUAUGUUUGAUAGCAUUCCUUAUGCUAAUGCAAUCUUACUCAAGUUUAUAUUGCACAACUGGAGUGACGAAGACUGUGUGAAGUUACUGAGGAAAUGCAGAGAAUCAAUUCCAAGUAAAGAGAAGGGAGGGAAAGUGAUAGUCAUAGACAUAGUAAUGGAGGAUUACUCGAGCAAUAAUAUUAAUGAGCAGCUUGUUCAAGUACAGCAUUUAAUGGACGUUGUCAUGAGGAUUACUCACGGUGCCAAAGAGAGAACUAAGACGGAAUGGGAAAAGCUUUUCCUAGAUGCUGGUUUUAGUGAAUAUAAAAUAACAGCCAAUCUUGGCUUCAGGUCUCUAAUUGAAAUCUAUCCUUAGACAGCAUGGUUUAUGGAUCAUAUCUUUAAUUAACAAAAUAAAAUGAAUCUUUGUCGCAGUUGCUUGACAGUCCAUUGUUUCUUAAUUAUAAGUUGA